AUGGCUGCCAAGGCCCCGUCCCUCUCCGAAGCCCUCACCAGCGGCUUCCUGACCUGCACCAUCUGCCUGGAGCGCCUCCGCCACCCCAAGAUCCUGCCCUGCCUGCACAGCUACUGCCAGGAGUGCCUGCGGAAGUUGGCAGGAGGCCGGAAGGAGCUUCAGUGCCCCGAGUGCCGUGAGCGGGUGGCCCUCCCACAGGGGGGCGUGGGUGCUCUCCGGACCAACUUCUUCAUCAACGGCCUGCUGGACCUGGUCCACCCCACAGGGGAGGCAGAGCCCACCUGCAGCCUCUGCCCGCUCAUCGGCCAGGAGGCUGGCCGGCCGGCCGUCUCCCGCUGCCUGGACUGCGCCGACGACAUGUGCCGGGACUGCGCCAGCGGGCACCGCUGCUCCCGCCUCACCCACCUCCACCGCGUGGUGGCCAUGAAGGACUACCUCUCCGGAGAGCACGACGAGGAGAUCCGGAAGCGCCAGGCGCUGCAGUGCAAGGAGCACACCGGCGAGGAGCUGCGCUUCUUCUGCACGCCUUGUGCCGUCGUCCUCUGCCGGGAGUGCCGGCUGGGGCCCACCUCCAGCACCCUUGCCUGCCCCUGGCUGAGGCGGCCCAGGCCCGCCGGCCGGUCAUCGUGGAGCUCCUGGCCGGGGUGGAGGAGACGGUGCAGGUCAUCCGGGCGGGGAGGGCCAGCCUGGAGAGGGAGGCUGCGCAGCUGCAGGUGCGCGAGGCUAGCAUCCGGGAUGCGGUGGAGCAGGCGUGCUCGCGGGCGGUGCAGCGGCUGCUGGCGCAGCAGGAGGAGGUCCUGGCCCAGCUGGCGGACUACGUGAAGGAGCGGCAGAAGGCCUGCCAGGCCCUCUGCUCCGAUCUGGAGUUCCAAGAGCAGGUGGCCUCCAGCACCGUGGCCUUUGCCCAGAAGGUGCUGGGCCUGGGGAGGGAGGUGGAGAUCGUCUCCCUGGAGCAGGUCAUCUGUGAGCGUCUCAGGCAUCUGCAGGGCUUCUCCUGGGAGCCGCUGGCCACCCGCCUGCCCUGCCUGGAGGUCGACGCUGAGAUCGAGGGCAGCGGCCCUUGCCUGUUCCACCUGGAGUUCCGGGAGGAGAGCCCCACUGGAGUGCCGGAGGGCCCCAAGGAGGAGGCCACAAAAGGGGCAAAGAAGAAGACCCACCUGCCGUGCCUGGAGGUCAACACUGAGAGCCCCACUGGAGUGCCGGAGGGCCCCAAGGAGGAGGCCACAAAAGGGGCGAAGAAGAAGACUCACCUGCCCUGCCUGGAGGUCAACGCUGAGAUCCCCACUGGAGUGCCGGAGGGCCCCAAGGAGGAGGCCACAAAAGGGGCGAAGAAGAAGACCCACCUACCCUGCCUGGAGGUCGAUGCUGAGAUCCCCACUGGAGUGCCGGAGGGCCCCAAGGAGGCAGCCACAAAAGGGGCAAAGAAGAAGAGGAGGAAGCAACAGCAGCAAGUGCAGCCCGCCAGGGAAGGAUCCCAGAUAACCACCCUCAUCCUCAGGGGCUGCCUCCAUGCCGUAGCCCCUGUACCUGCUCCCAAGGUCCCAGGAACCCCUCUUCUGACACCCAAACCUCUCUUCUCAUGUAGCUUCUGCGUCACGAUCCCCAGCGACAAGAAGUGCCCCCUGGUCACGGGGCUCUGCCCCUUUGGCUCUGGAGAGCUGCUGGUGGCCGACAAUCAAAACCAGAAUCUGAAGCGCUUCCCUGCAAGGGGAGUUCAAGGGCACUGUCCCCAUCCCCAGUGACGUGGCCCCAGUCAGCUUGGCCACCGUGGGCAGCAAGGUGGCCUUCACGGCUGGCUCCUGCCUCUACCUCCUGAACGGUGAAGGUGACCUGGUGUGGCAGAAGGCCCUGGGGCAGGGGCAGGCCAGCCAUGCAGUGGCAGCACUGGGGGGAGACCGUAUGGCAGUGUGUGUGGCUGGGCAGUUGGAGGUGUAUGACCUGGAGGGGCGGCUGCUGGAGAAGAUUGUGCCUGAGGACAAUGCAGACAGGUGCCUCGUCUUCCUGGCCAACCACAAGGACGGCUUUGUGGGCUCCGACUGGUACCGCUGCAGCGUGGUCCUGUUCACCAGGACGGGGCAGCUGGUGGCUGAGUGCUCUGAGGAGCAGCUGGGCGAGUGCCAGCCAGGAGCUGUUUGUGCCGACACCAUGGGCAUCAUUUACGUGGUCUUGAGGGAGCUGAACAAGGUGGUGGCCUUCUCCCCCAGUGGGGAGGAGUUGGGGGCGUUCCUCACUGCCGAGAACAGCAUCGACCGACCACGGGCGGUCACGGUGGCUAGGGGGGGGCGUUUUGCCGUGGCUCUGAGCAACGGCACCGUCCACAUCUUCCGGAUCAGGUAUCAGGGCAAGUGA